UUCAGCCUCGACCGCCCUUGUGCGCUCAUCUCCUGUCGGCAUCUCUGUGACAUGAGUCUCGGAGUGGGCUCCAGCACCUCCCGCCCAUGGCGUGGCCCGGGGCUGCUGCUCCUGGGGCUGCUGCUGCUGCCAGCUGUGGUUGCCCACACCAAGGACCCUGAAGAAGGAGAAGAGGAACUGCAAUGCAUGUGUGUGAAGACCACCUCCGGAGUCCACCCCAAGCACAUCAUGAGCCUGGAGGUGAUCCGGGCCGGACCCCACUGCCCCACCUCCCAACUGCUAGCCACGCUGAAGAAUGGGAGGAAAAUUUGCCUGGACCCACAAACCCCCAGGUAUAAGAAAACAAUGAAGAAAUUCAUGGAGAGUAAGCUGCUAACUGCCUAAAUCUGCACAUUCGCUCUAUAAAGUGUUUUGGUUUUGUUUUUGGUUUUCAUUUUCAAUUAAACUGU